UAGAGUGGGGGUAAACGAGAACAGAAUCAGAAAUGAAGUGGAGUUGUACAGAAACCAGAGAAAUUUUGUAUAAUAGUUUUGUCUACAGUGUUUCUAGUGAAAUCAUGUUAAUCUGAAGUCGGUAGAUUUAUAUUCAUCCCGAUGUUGGACUUAAACUUUUGCUUAUAUCCUGAUUAUUUCUUAUUUAUUAGCCAGUUUUGCCAGGGAAGCAUUUCGUGGAUACCUAAGAAAGCUUCAAACAAGUUUGAAGCUUUCGAGGCCGUAUUCAUGGAACUAUGAACCUGGACUCGUUGUCUUUUACUUUGUCACAAAUAAGUUAUUUGGUUACGAAUUUAUCGAAGAAAAAUUACAAAUCCAGCGUACAGGAAAUAUCUCAAUUGACCAGCCUUUACGGUUGUGAAGCAGACCGGCAUCUGUUACGUUGCCUGCUGUCGGCGGUGGAGUGGAGUGGCAGUGCGCAUGCGCAGUGGUCCUCAGGUCCUACUCCUCAGGUGCAGCUGUUGGCUCAGGAGUGCGCCGCUCUGCUCGCCAAGCCGGCCCUCGUCUCCAAUCUCUGUUUUGCCAUCGAUCGACCGCUCUACCAUCAAAAGACCUUAAAACCGUCAAAUCAAUUGCUUCCUACACUAAGCAAAGUUCUCAAACUCACGCCUGUUCAAGAAGUCGUAUUUGGCCUUGCCUUACUGCACUCGUCAAAUCCGGAAACUCUUAUCUUUGCCACACAGUUUGUUCGUCAAAAAUUACCAGAUCUUAUUCGGGUUUAUAUAAAUUCUGAAACUGGAAGUACAACUUUACCGGACGGUGGACUCCACGACACAACACCUGAAGUACUCCAUUUGAUCCUGAGCAGUGUGCUGUUCGCAUCCAGUGAGCAUUUUGGUGUUACAACGGAAGUGAAAGAAGUGUUUCUGAAGAACUUGCGAAGGGAUUUUCCGCGAGAACUGGUGCCGGUGGUACUCGCGCCAUUGCUCUACCCUUCCAGCACUGACCUGCCCAUGGACAAAUUGAGUCAAGACUCAUCAUCAAUGGCUAAUACAAUGCACGAGCCGCAAGUAUCACUUGCCGACCUGCUGCUAGAGACUGGCUACUCGUUGUGCGCAAGCGUGGAGACAUGCCGCCAGCACCUGUUGUCCCUGGGUGGUGGUGCGGAUGCCACCCAGCUGACCCCCGCCACAGUGGCGCGCUGCCUGGCGAUGAUGGUGCGAACUCACACGGGCCUCGACCAGGCCGGCUACUGGCACGGCGCCAAGGAUGCGACCGGCGUCCAAGUGGGCGGCGACAAGGCGGCUGUUGACGGGCCCCCCGCCACCUGGGCGAUCGACGUCUUUGUUACGACUGUCAAGGACUUGGUACCGAACCUACAAUGGACAGAAGUAAUGAUUGAACUGGAUCACGCCGAUUUUAUAGUGAAGGACAGGCAGGGUCUGAAUCUAAUUGUAAGUGCCCUGAGGUUGGGCAUUCAAACAUCGCCCAAUGUCUCCUUUCACUGGGACAAAAUAUUCACCGAUCAAGUCUACAAACCGUGGAAGCAUCCCGACUCGCAGCUGUCGCUCAUUCAGCAGUGCUUGAGAAACCCGGACAUUUUCUGCUUCGCUGAUAACAUUCAGCAGACGUUUGUAAUCGACGCCUUGAAAGCACCUCCCGAAAAUGACAACAAAGAAAUUGCCUCAUGGCGCUGCCUGAGCCUGGUGGAGACACUGCUGUGUCUCUCGGAACGCGGCCUCUAUGUGCAGGUGCAGGACAUAAUGAAGUUUCCGAUCCAACACUGCCCCGAUGUGCUCGUUCUGGGACUCAUCCACGUGUCUGGGCCCAUGAAUGUGCUACGCACAGAACUGCUCACCUCGCUCAUACCGCUCUUUCUCGGCAGUCAUCCCAAUUCCAAUACUAUUCUGCACGCUGCCUGGAGCGCCAAGAAUGUGGCUGUGAAACCAGUGGUUAUGCAUGCGAUGGCAGAAUGGUAUCUACUGGGUGACUACGAUCAAGUCAGACUUUCUCGAAUUUUGGAAAUUGCACAAGACCUCAAGGUACUGUACGCUUUAAAAUUUCUCCAAUCACUUCCUUUCAUUAUCGAUCUGGCUUGUCUGGCUUCGAGGAGAGAGUAUUUGAAGCUGGAUAAGUGGCUCGGCGAUAAGAUACGGGAACAUGGAGAGCCAUUCGUUGCCGCCUGUGUCAAAUUCUUGCAGAGACGCUGUCCGCAAAUAGUGGGUGGAAUUGUCAAAGAUGAAAAUCUUCCAAAAGCGGCACAAUUGCCACAGGAGACUAUAACAACAAUGCUACUCUGCCUUCAGAGUUGUGCCGGGAGCAUUCAGCAGGAGCUGGCCGAUGCGAUCCACACCAUGGUGGCCAACUGCAGUCUGCAGCUGAGCAAGCAGCGUCAACCUCCACCUGGAGUGCUGCGCGCGCAUAGGGCCGCCCUUGAUCCCACCUUCUCGCAGUUUGCACAGCCGCAGGUGGACUCGCUAAGCUUGAGCUCGACGCUGGCCGGCAUGAGUCUGGGAGGUGGAGGUGGCGGAGGCGGUGGUUCCCCCUCCCGUCUGCUGAGUGGCCCCCUGCCCCCCUCACCGGGGCCGCCAUUCCUCACGCCCCCUCUGGCCCCUCUGCCGCCUUCCAUCAUGGCCGCCGUGCAGCGGCUGCCUCCGCCUCACCCCACGCCCCACCCAACCCCGCAGCCGCCACAGCAUAUUGACAAGUCCAAGUUGGGAGGUGAGAUCGCCAACCUGUUUCCGGACCCGCCGACCACGGUCUCGAAGGAGGUGGAGGACGAGGCGAACAGCUACUUCCAGCGAAUCUACAACCACCCGCCCCACCCCACCCUCUCCAUCGACGAGGUCCUCGACAUGCUCAAGGCGUUCCAGGAGUCGCAGAACAAACGCGAACGGGAUGUUUACCAUUGCAUGUUGAGAAAUCUAUUUGAAGAGUACCGCUUCUUUCCACAAUACCCAGAGAAAGAGCUGCACACCACCGCACAACUCUUUGGCGGAAUCAUAGAUCAUGGCCUUGUUACUAACUACGUAAUGUUGGGCCUGGCUUUGCGUCUUGUGCUGGAUGCGCUGCGCAAACCUCACGGCACGAAGAUGUACUACUUUGGAAUAGCCGCUCUCGACCGAUUCAAGUCCAAGCUCAAGGAAUACCAGAAGUACUGCGAACAUGUCGUUGCCAUACCGCACUUCAAGGAGUUUCCUGGCCAUUUGAUUGAGUAUUUGGAGUACGGCCUGCAGGGCCAGGAGCCCCCCAAUCGACCACAGGGUCCUGUGCUGCCUGCGGCCAUAAUGCAGGCCCUGAAUGCCAGCACCUAUAAGGCCACGCCCACCACAAUCACCACAACUAUUACGUCAUGCUCUGUUGUUACAAAGACCACCACCACUACAUCUGUUAUGGGCGGACGACCUUCUAUUGCAAAUGCAACUAACAUCGAUACCCUAUUGGUGGCCACUGAAAAAGAUGAGAAGAUGAUUGUACCUCCCGAAGCAAUGCAAGAUAAGGUUGCAUUUAUAUUCAACAACCUCAGUCAACUCAAUCUUCCUGAGAAGUGCGAUGAAUUGCGUGAUCUAGUCACAGAGGAGUUCUUUCCAUGGAUCUCCCAGUAUCUGGUUAUGAAGAGAGCCAGCAUAGAACUGAACUUUCACACACUCUACUCCAAUUUUCUUGAUGUCUUGAAAAUAAACGAUGUCAAGAAAAUGGUGCUUGUUGAAACCUACAGAAACAUUAGAGUGUUGCUGCGUAGCGACAAAGGGAUAGCGAACUUCUCUGACCGGUCGCUGCUGAAAAACCUGGGCCACUGGCUGGGCAUGCUGACCCUGGGCCGCAACAGACCCAUACUGCAGGGUGACCUUGACCUCAAGUCGCUGCUGGCCGAGGCCUACAGCAAGGGCCAGCAGGAGCUGCUCUAUGUCGUGCCGUUCGUCGCCAAGGUCCUUGAGUCCUGCUGCAAGAGUCGGAUUUUUGGUCCUCCAAACCCUUGGACAAUGUCCAUAAUGAACGUGCUUUCAGAACUGCACUCAGAACCCGGCUUGAAGCUCAACCUUAAAUUCGAAAUCGAAGUAUUGUGCAAGAACUUGUCGCUGGAUGUAGCUGAGCUAACACCGGGCAUAUUCCUGAAGGAUCCGGAGAACCUGAAGAAUCUGGAGCACCAGCUGUCGUCGCCGAAGAACGGAGGCAGUGGUGGGGGCGGCAAAGUGGACGCAUCACCCGUGCCGCAGCCGCAGGCUUACAUUGCGGCGCCGCCAGCCGCAGCCUCCACCCCUGUGCCGGUGCCUGCGGCCCCCGCACCACAGCCGCAGCCGCAGUUGCAACAGCAUGUGGUGGUGACUCCGAUGCCAGUCGUGGGAGGAGGAGUGGAAGAGGUGGUGCUGGCCAGCAGUCCAGUGGUGGGGGGAGUAGGAGUGGGAGGGGCAGCCACGCCCACCCCCACUCCGGCCACCCCUCAGCCGGCUGCCCCCGCCCCGCUGCCACCGCUGCCCCCGCCGCCGCCUCCGCCCCCCGAGCCCAGGUUCAGCUACGCACAGCUCAACGUCAACAGCAUUGCACAGCUUGCCGCCCAUGUCACCAUAAACACUCAGCUGGCCCUGUUCCAAGCACACCCCGCCCUGAAGCAACUAGUGCGUCAGGCAGUGGAGCGAUCAGUGAGCGAAUGGAUCCAUCCCGUUGUCGACCGGUCGGUGAAGAUAGCCCUGACCACGGCCGAGCACAUCGUCAAGAAGGACUUUGCCCUCGACCCGGAGGAGACGCGCAUGCGCCUAGCUGCCCACCACAUGGUGCGCCAUCUCACCGCCGGCAUGGCUAUGAUCACGUGUCGCGACCAGCUCAUGAUCGCCAUCAGCAACAAUCUCAAACAGUUGUUGGCCAAUGCGCUCUUGGGCGCUCCAGCACAGAAGGAAUUGAUCGAGCAGGCAGCCACCAUCUCAGCCCAGGACAACAUCGAGUUGGGUUGCGCCUUCAUUCAGAAGACAGCCGUCGAGAAGGCUCUAUCAGAAGUCGACAAACACCUUAUGCCUGAAUUCGAGCGCCGGAAGAUGGCCCGCCAGGAAGGCAGACGCUACUGCGACUCGGCCACACUGACCUACCAGGCAGAGCGCAUGCCCGAGCAGAUUCGUCUGAAGGUGGGCGGGGCGUCGCCGCAGCAGAUGGCCGUCUACGAGGCGUUUGCGCGCAACAUCCCCGGCUUCCAGCCGCUCACCGAACGCGAGCUGCAACUCUUCAUGCCGCAAACUUAUAACGCGACGGACGAUAUGAGCGUAUUGUACGACAAAUUGAUUUCCGAUUUCGAGUGCUAUAUGCAAACAAUGUUGGCGAGUUCGUCGACCAGCAUGCAGAUUGGACCGAUUCACUCGCUCACCGAAUGUCUGGUGAUGACACGCCGCACCAGAGAUACGAUGACAGCUGUCACACUUAUCCAAAAGGCGGUGGAAGGACUGUUGGAUGGCUCGGCUGCCGGCAACGACCCGGAAGCGAUAGUUCGCUACAGAGAACUACAUCUGCGUGUACUCAAGACACUGCAGGACCCUCGUGCUUACGGCAUCCAGUGGAUCAACAAGCAGGUGACCCGGUGCCUGAUGGAGAGCCGCGAAGAGUAUCGCUACAACGUGGAGGCGGUGGACAUGCUGAUCAGGCAGCAGCUGGUGAAUGUGGCGCAGUACGACCAGCACAUUGCGCUUUCGAUGGAGAGUGGCAUCAACUAUGUGGCGGUGGCGUUCGCCAUGCAACUGGUGCAGCACUAUCUGGUCGACGACCGCACCAACCAGUAUGUCACCGAGCAGGACCUCUGCAACACUAUCGAUGUGCUGCAGCGCAUUGCGCUCUACCAUCGCCAGCCGCCUGAGGGAUUGGCGACAUUGAUUGAGGUGCUGCGCUCUGGCCAUGAUCCCAACUAUAUUGGUGACCGAGCACCAGGAGGUCCCACUGCCCAAAUACACUCGGGCAUUCUACAAGUCAGGGCCAGAGACUACGAAGAUCCACCCGGCUUGACAGAGAAGACAGAGUUUCUGCUGAGAGAGUGGGUCACCAUCUACCAUUCCAACACCAAGGACCCACAGAAGGCAUUCAGCUGCUUUGUCCACCAGAUGAACCUGCACGGCAUCCUGAAAACGGACGACCUGAUCACGCGCUUCUUCCGACUGAGCACCCAGAUGGUGGUGGAGCUGUGCUAUCGCCUACUGCCCGACCAGAGCAGCUCACAGGCCAACACUCGCAACAAGAUAUUCCACACACUCGACGCCUUUGUCAAGCUCAUUGCGCUGCUCGUCAAGCACUCUGGCGACUCCACCAACACCGCUACCAAGAUUAAUCUCCUCAACAAGGUGUUGGGCAUAGUGGCAGGCGUUCUAUUGCAGGACCACGAGGGCCACCAGUUGGAAUUCCAGCAGCUGCCCUAUCACCGCCUCUUCAUCAUGCUCUUCCUAGAACUCAACUCGCCCGAGCCCAUUCUAGAGGCCAUCAGCUUCCAGGUGCUAGCCGCCUUCUGCCACACACUACACAUCCUGCGUCCAGGCACGCUGCGGGUGCUGCUUGUCCUGCUGCACGACUUCCCCGAGUUUCUCUGCGACUAUCACUAUGGCUUCUGUGACGUCAUACCGCCCAAUUGUAUACAGAUGCGCAACCUAAUCCUGUCAGCGUUCCCGCGCAACAUGCGACUGCCCGACCCGUUCACACCCAACCUGAAGGUGGAUAUGCUGUCUGAGAUCUCGUUGGCGCCGCGUGUGCUCACCAGCUAUGCCUCCAUCAUCCAGCCGGCCACCUUCAAGAAGGACCUCGACUCCUAUCUCAAGGCACGCGCGCCUGUCACCUUCCUCUCCGAACUGCGCAGUAACCUGCAGGUGUCAAACGAGCCAGGCAUGCGCUACAACAUUCCUCUGAUGAACGCACUGGUGUUGCACGUGGGCUCUGAGGCGAUCGGCUUCAUUCGCAAGAAGGGUUUGGCACCCAACAUGUCCACCAUCGCCCACUCGGCACACAUGGACAUCUUCCAGAAUCUCGCCGUCGAUUUGGACACUGAAGGGCGCUACCUGUUCUUGAACGCAAUUGCGAACCAGCUGCGCUACCCGAACAGUCACACACACUACUUCAGUUGCACUCUGCUCUACCUGUUUGCCGAGGCCAACACCGAAGCCAUUCAGGAACAGAUCACCAGAGUCCUUCUGGAGAGACUAAUUGUGAACAGGCCGCACCCGUGGGGACUGCUAAUCACAUUCAUCGAACUAAUCAAAAAUCCCAACUACAAGUUUUGGAACCACGAGUUUGUUCACUGCGCUCCCGAAAUUGAAAAGCUUUUCGAGUCGGUUGCGCGAUCCUGUAUGGUUCCAAAACAGGUACAGGCCCAUGCCGAAAAUGAACUUCCUGAAUUAUAAACCACAUUUUGAACCUAUCAUUCGCCUCAGACAAAAAUGUAAAAGAAUUCCCAGUUUCGUAUAUCAAGUGUUACUACAUACAUAAGUCAUUGUGAUGAGUUACAAGGGUGUCAUUGUGAUGGUUUGUACACUACCUAUGAUUAUAUCAUAUGUUUAUCUCGAUAUUAUAACAUCUAUGAUAGUGUCAUAUGCUUAUUUCGAUAUUAUACUAUUAUAUUGGUCUGACAAUGUUAGUGUGAAUAGAACAUUGUUCGAAAUAUAUAAUAUAUAACGUAUAUAUACAUAUUUAUGUUGAUUGAUUGCAGUAUUGUUGCUUAUUAUUGAUCUUUUCAUCUUCUAGUCUUAUCUAAUAAGUUUCCUCUAGUUCCUAGCCAUCAAUGGCAUAGUUUCCCUAUGCUCGUAUGAACUCUUGUUUAUUUGGUUCUAUCUCCAGGUCUCCUGAAAAUGUUAUUCCAUAACAAAUUUAUCUUCUGUUGCUUGUUUAGGUAUCUGAACAGUUUUUAAAGCUGUAAUACGUCAGUUUCAAAUGUUAUAUAAUUGCAGAUUUGCUCUUAUUACAGACAUUUUUAAAAUUAUAUUAUAUUCAUCAUUUGAAUCGUCAUCAUUGAGAACUGUCGUCCUAACAAGGUUUUGAUUCAAAGCUGAACGUUUGCGACCUAAAACAACACUUCUAUCUUAGCUAUGCUCCUAGGAAAAUACAAAUUUAGUUCUGGUUAUACUGGAUCAAAAUCUCCCUCUAACAGCUUUGGAGGCUUCACACGUAGCUGAAAAUCUGCCUCAAGGAAAGUCUCAACUUGUGAAUAGAUUAAUUUUUGGAGGGUUUUCCACCAAUUUCUCCAUCCACAAGUUGACAUUUUCCUUGAUGCAGGCCUUCAAAUUUCCCGUUGCAUGUGUAGCUGCUUUUAGUUGUUUUCUUUCUUACAAUAUAAUAAACUGAUGAUUGAGAAAUACAUUAUGGAUAGAGGUAUAUUUCUUAUGAAGAGAUGUUUCUAUAAAGUAUCGGUAGCACUAGAUUUAUGAAUAGAAGCAAGUAAAUAAAAGUUCAUAAUCUGAUUGAUAUGUAAGACUAGAUGAUGAGAAACUUAUUAUAAAACUGGAUCUAGCAAUUUCUCACAGGCUUCUAAGCAAAUAUUAUUUGCAACAAUACUGUAAUGAUAAUUUUCCAAUAUAAAUAUGAACAUUAUGAAGGUACUGUUAUUAAUUUGUGAAAUAUGUAUACUUAUCGAAUUGAACGAUUUUGAAAAUGCGAAACUAAUUAAUUACAAAUGACGUCUAGUCUCCAUUGGUGUUUUUAUGAACAAAUAAAAUAAGUUGAUAAAAGUAUACUAUCGAAUAAAUCAAGUUUGAGAUGAUUUGUGUAAAAACGCUAAUAUCUAGGCUACUAUAUGUGUAAAUUGGGUCAAACAUGUUGCAUUUCUAGAUGUGAUAUCACUUUUUGUUGAAUCUGCAAUUUUGUUGUUGCAAUGUUGUACUCGCUAAGUAUUGUGUCAAAUAUAUGUGAUGUUUAAAGGAUGCCUACCUAAUCUUAACAUCUGAUCAGACCCGUAAGGAGGGUCACUUAUGUGAUUAACAAUUAAAAUUAAUAGCUGAAGUUUGAAAUGCUGUAUGAUAAUCCCUUGUAUUUUUAAAAACGAACGAUUGUUCUUUUUUACUUGCUGUUUGGAGGUCCAGUGUGUUGUUGACCUUGGGACGAUAAUUUAUUUUAGUUAUUUGAUCACUCUUUUCUGGUUUUUUGCGAAGGAUUUUGUCUUUGUUACUUUUAUGUUUUGGUUGUUAGUUUUUCUAGUGUUCAGCCAAAUAUUGUUCUUUGUCGAUGGAACAUUUGCGGUUUUUUGGGCUCUGUUCUCGCUAAUUGAAUAUACAAUAAUUCUUAGCCCUCAUCUUGCUUGACCCUGACUAUCCUUAUAAACAACCUAUGUAAAACUGGCAAUCAAAUUAUUGUAUGCCUAGACCGACCGACCCUUGCAGUAGUUUUACCGGAUUGGAAUUUGUGGGAAUUUUGAUCAAAGUGAGUUGAGUUUUAUUAAAAUAUCAUGAUUGUGAAUUGAUUGAAAGUUAUUUUCAAUUUAUGUAAGAAAACUGAAUUGAAAUAGAAUAUGAGAGAUGGCUCUGGAUUCAGUCUUCGGAUAGAACGUUUCUGUGCAUCAUGUGGCACAAUAAUUUCAUUAGUUUCCAUUAAUUUAUAAGUAAUGUGCAUAUAUUUUAGAAUGAGGUUGUUCAUAUUCGGUUUAAGAACUUAUAACAUUGGUUGGUGUGGAUAUUUUAUUAUAAAGAUUUAUUCUCUUGUGUUGAUACUUAUUCUUAGUUUUUCUGUAAUAAUACAGUAUAUAAUGUAUUUAAUGAUAAUUUGAAAUAGUAGAUUUUACAUACAUUGAUUUGUAACUA